AAAAAUUCUAUAAUUAGAAAUUUAUAGAACAACAGAUGUCGCCACUCAACUCCAAUAUACAGAAGGAAGAAAAAAAUUGAUUUCAGUUCGAAUUGCAUUCUCGAAAAGAUGUCUGUUUCAAGAAAGAAAGAACAUGCUUCAAAAUCACAAAAGGAAAGAUCUGAUUGGUUUGGUUCCAACUUCCUGGAACCUUUCAAAGAUGAUCCGUUCUUUCAAGAGCCAGAUCCUCCAGAAAUAUUUAAGAAUAUCGUUAGAGAUGACAGCAUUUUCCCAAAUUUAGAUCCUUUGAAUCCUGUCAGUUCUGCAAUGGAGGAGUUCCGUAGCAAUCUGGGUCAUUUCCAGAUUGCAUUUCCAAAAUUGCGCUUCCGACCAUUUGACGUUCCUUCUCCACGCUUUCCGACAGACGCGACCGACUGCCAUACUUUCACCACUUCUUCCGUGAUGACAUACCAGAAGAAGGGAAACGAAGAACCGGAAACGUACCAGGCAUCGGUGUCAAAUUACGAGGGGUCCUUAGGAGCGGGACAGAGCAGAAAGUGUGUCAGAGAUUCGAGAACGGGAACCGAGAAGAUGAGUGUCGGAUAUCGUCUGGGAGAGAAGGCUCGAGUUUUGGAGAAACGCAAAGACCGUAGAACCGGGAAGAUAGAGGAGGACCAGCAGUUGAUCAACAUUGAUGAAUCGGAAGUGGAGGAUUUUCAGGCAGAAUGGAUGAAUAAUGUGGGAAGUCGCAAUCCCUUCUCUAUUUCUAAAUUUCACACUAGAGCAAUGUUGGAAGACAAAAAGAAAUAAUGCAGAUUUUAAUGUUAUUGGGCACAAACUCCUCCAAAAUUUCACGUCGAUUAAUUUGUAACAUCGGAUAAUUCAAAAUUAUAGUUUUAUAUGCAAUUCAAAAAUAUUACAAGAUAUAUCCAACAAAAAUUUAAAUAUACACCUAUAUUUUUUUAAUGGCACUGUAAUUAGAACUUGGAGUAUACAAAAUUUAAUGUAAAUAUUAAUCAUUAAAGAAGUUUUGAGCACUCAAAUUUUUGUGUCUAAUGAUU